AUGCUGCAACCACUUGAGGAUACCUACGUCGAGUACCUGGAGAGCAUUCUGCACGGCGCCGACGUGGAUAUGGGCGUCGUCAAGGAGACGCUCGCCUCGCUGGGGUUGGACGAGAAGAGCAUCAACAAUGUGGUGGGCGGCGACUUUCACGUGUGUCCGGCGAGCACCUCAUCUGCCUUCUCCAGUUCACCCGACCGGGCCUCGGAGCGGCAGUGGCAAGCGAGCACGGAGGAAACGUCUACGAUGUCUACCCAAAGCGAUACGCUGUGGCGUGGAGACGCGUUGCCGCGGGGGGCCGUUGGUGGACCAGAAGAACAACAGAUCCAAGGCACCGCUCCUCCCACGUCAUCAUCAUCAUCAUCGUCGUCAUCGUCACCGCCAUCGUCCUUAGGGAGUAGAAUUGAGAGUUCGCUGGCGCGCCGAGGGCAUUUGUUGUGCCAUGGGCCCGACGCGUUGAGCUGUAAAGCGGAAGCGGUGUCAGAGUUACCCGGAAAGGUUUGGGACGAUCCCAUCCUGACACCUGAGCGGCGCGACUCUUACAAGGAACACUUAGAGGCCCUGGAAAAACUCCUUGGUGUUGUUUGGCGUCCCGUUGCCUGUGAAGGAGACGGCGACGAUGACGUGCCCUUGCAGAUUCGUAGCUUCCUCUGCCGUGAGCGGCUACAAAACAGCAUCUUAGGCCAGUACAAGGCAAGUGGGAUGGCCCUGGCACCGCAGUGGAAAAAAAACCCGCGUCAGAGACGUGAAACAAGACACGGGUAUAAAAGGCUGCUUGCGGGCCAUGGGGUCAACACCGUCGCAAAGUGCAAUGGACAUCUACAGUGCGUUCGCCACUGCGGGAGUCUUUUGGGGGGCAGGGCGCUCCCCCAAGCUGGCUCUCGAUGGCAGUGUGAAUUCUGCGUAAGCCUGGAAGAUACAUCCGCCCUGCCUGCUGGGGUGGACCAGGUGCGGCAACCGCAGUUUACGUCCGCCGCGAUAGGGAAUGCGUGUGGAGUGAAGAUGCGGCCUCAGGCUGUGAAUACCGUGGGCUGUGGGCGGAUCCGCACAAAGGCGCUCGCAACGACGUUGUCGUAUCGCGAGGAUCGCGUAAAAAAGGCGUUGGCGUACCGCGAUGGAUGGAGCGCCUGCGGCUACGUUUAA